AUGGACGCGACAGAGCAAAAAUGUAAAGAGCGCUUCGAGGCCCGUCUGCGAGAUCUACUAUCGACGAAAGGUCAGAACAGCCAUUUAUUCACUAAAAAACACUAUCUCGAAACCAUUGAGAAGGUGAAGGCGUCGAAAAAAAAGACGACAGGUAAAAAACCUGAGGACUAUCAACGUUUGAAACGAUACGACGUUCUAACGAUUGGAAACAUCGAGAAGUUAAUAGUACCGGUCAAGCAGACAGAUUUGAUCAAGUUUUACGUCCACACCGAGGAGCUGUUCGAUAUCAUUCAUGAACAGCACAAAAUUAUGGGACACGUCGGACGAACUAAGAUGGGGGCGGAACUUAACUUGCGCUUUAAGAACGUAACGCGCGAAAUGAUAUCUCUCUAUCUGAGUGUGUGUCCGCAAUGCGAGAAAAAAACAACCAAAUGUACUAAGCCUCCUGCGCAAGAGUGCUUCAGCAAAGGUCAUAUUGAUAUUAUCAGUAUGGAAACAGACAAUGAGUACAAAUACAUUCUAGUAUAUCAAGAUUUUGAGACGUCCUUCGUUCAACUCCGUUCAUUAAAAACUGAAAACGUUGAAGAAAUAGCUAAUAUAUUAUUGGAUAUCUUCACCACAUUUGGUGCUCCGUGCGUCCUUACAAAUAGCAGAAGCAGGGAGUCUUUGGCAGAGAGCGUAGUAAAACACCUUCAUGUAAUGUGGCCGCAAGUAAAAAUGGUGCACGGAUUGGCGAAUCACGCGCAGGACCUUACUGACGACAUUAAGCAAAAACUGAAUACUUGGUUAGCGGGGCAUUCUGGAAAAUGGACAGAGGGCCUUCGGUUUGUACAGUUCAUGAUGAAUUCAGAGGUCGAGUCAGGACAGAGUGCCUUUGAAGCGUUAUUCGGAAUCAAAGCUCAGAUGGGAUUGACGUCUGUGCUCCCUGAAGAUAUUCUGCCGAGCGUCAAUUCAGAAGAAGACUUAGAAACGUAUCUUACAUCCGGUGAAGUCCCUGUAGCAGUCAACAUAGAGAACGAUAGUGCACAGUCGGAUAUAAUGAAGUUCGAAGACCAGGAAAAUGCGUUGGCCGGCACCAGUCAAGACGAGUUGAACUUCGAUAUGGAAAUCAAGAUAGAGGAUUCUUUGAUACUGAAAAUGGACCACGACGCUUUAGAAUUAUAA